GGCCUGGCUACUGUCCCGCCGCCCAGCAUGCAGCUGGCGAGGCCCGGCCGUCGAGGACAGCUCCGCCUUCCUCUAGCCGCGAGUCUCCAGCACCUCCAGCCCGCCAGAAAACGCAGAGGGCGCGCCUCCUACGCUCAAAAAACAGGUGGCCCAGAGAGAAGUACUAACCGAAGUCAGACAAGUAUCGGUGUUGUGGCCACACCCACCCGUCUCCCCUUGGGGACGGAGCCAGUCAGUCAACAUGACUGGGAGAGUGAGGAUGAUUAUAGGAAAAGCAGAAAGAAGAUGCAAGAGACAGAGAUGGGAGGACUGCAGGCCAAUGCCACACUAGCAGCAAGUGUAUUUUCUGUCUUUUAAAGGCAAGCAACACAAAGCAUGACCAAUUCCAGGAGGUUAAACAAUGACCACAAAUGCUUAUCUGGCAAGUUUAUGGUACACACUGUUUGACUAAACCCUGUUCCUCCAGGCUUGAACAGUCUCUCAAGGAUUUAUGCAUAAAUCUGCGAACUUGGCCAGGAGUGGAAGAACUUGGCCAGAUGUUAGGCAGUCCAGGGAGACGCCACCUUCUUCCUACCCUCCUAGCUCAAGAGGACCAGGAUCACCUGGAGUUUACCCUGUGUACAACCAAGUCCCACCAGGCCCGUUCACUGGCAUACCUUAUAUGCCAACUUCGAUCCCAGUGCAGGCCGUAUGUCCCUACUGUGGGAACCGUAUCAUGACAGUGACCACCUAUACCCCAGGCCUCCUCACCUGGCUGCUGUGCAGUGGCCUCUUUGUGUUUGGGUCGCCAUCACUGCUACUGCCAAGAAACAGAGGGCUCAGUAUAGCUCUCAGCCCAGCUCUGGAGAACUGCCCCCAAAGAACUGAGACCCACGCAGAAGUGUGACGAGGGUGCAGGUCAGCACAGGGACCUACUCAGGUGAACACACACUGCUUCUGAGGCUGCAGGUGCUUCCUGGGCUGCUGUCUCAUCCCCUUCUGCAUACGGAGCACCAUGGAUGUGACCCACUCCUGCCCCAUGUGCCAUCACCAGAUCUACUACUUCCAUCGCCUGGGAUUAUGACUAUAAACAGCAAUAAAGCAACAUCAGGGUGUA